UAGGACUGUCCCCAGCUCCUGCAGGCAGAGAAGAUCCUGGUGCCGGUGGAAGUCAUCAAGCCCAUCACGCUGAAGGCCAAGAACCUGCCCCAGCCACAGUCGGGCCAGCGAGGCUACGAGUGCAUCUUGAACAUCCAGGGCAACGAGCAGCGGGUGCCCGCCUUGAGGUUCAACAGCUCCAGCGUGCAGUGCCAGAACACAUCGUACUCGUACGAGGGGAUGGAGAUCAACAGCCUGCCAGUGGAGCUGACGGUCGUGUGGAACGGGAAUUUCAACAUUGACAACCCAGCACAGAACAAAGUUCACCUGUACAAGUGCGGGGCCAUGCGGGACAGCUGUGGACUCUGCCUGAAAGCCGACCCAGACUUCGAAUGUGGCUGGUGUGAGGGGCAAAACCAGUGCACGUUGAAGCAGCACUGCCCAGCCCAGGACAGCCAGUGGUUGGAGUUGUCCAGCACCAAGGGCAAAUGCACCAACCCCAAGAUCACGGAUGAUGCCUUUGCCAUAAUGACGGGCACCAUUUUCAGAGACACAGGGCAGGCAACAGGAUGGUUCUAA